CAGGCGGAGGGUGUCCAAAAGGAUGAUAGGCCUGAAGAGGCCCAUGACCAAUCUAUCAUUCGAGUCCACCAAGGGGGUGCAGUGUGCCUGCGUGAGGUAAUGUUUGGGCCUGAAGCCCAAACAAACUCAACGGUUAGGUCAAGAACAAUUGUGGCCAAGAACAACUUCUUGAAACGCGUCCAAACAUGGUCAUCCGCGACAUUCGCCGGCCGCGGUUUCAAUGCACGUUUUCUCCUUCCGCUGCAACAGAAUCAAACGAAGUCCAUGAAGAGAAAAUGCUCUGCGAUCUUCAACCUUCGAAUUGACCUCGACGCUCAUCUCCAUGGCUUCACGUUUUCUUCUUCAAGCAUGAACCCAACACGAUUACCAGAUGAAGAAGGGAUGUCUCUAAAUCGCGUCAAUCUCGCAAUCAUAAUGGGAUUUCGACACACACCGGUGUUACUUAAACUGUAUGAAGCUAUGCGAAACCGGAUCAACUGUAAAACUGUUUGGACUGAGCUACUUGUGCAUUGGCUUUGGUUACUUGAAGGAACUGUUGGUAUAGGAAAGUUCUAAACCCUGCUACGCCAAUUGUCGAUGGAUGGAUGCACGGUAUGCCGUAGGUUUGUUAGCUUUCAAAUUCUGGUGGAACUAUUAAUGUAGUUUGGUAGGAUUUUGGAGUUAAUGGUUGGAUUUUAAUUAUUUGUUAGUGACUUGUUAUGUGAAGUCAGAACUAAUUUUCCGUUAGGAAUGAAUUCCUGUUAAUUUGUUUCUAUUAGCUGUGAAAGGUUAUUUAGUUAUUGGUUGUUUGUGAAUGAAUAUUAAUGGAAAAUUCUGUUAUGCCA